ACUUGAGUCCAGCGCAGAACUCUUUUCAGCGGGCUGGAGUGAAGAGCAGAGUGGAGAGAGAGAGCGAGCGAGAGAGACGGGGGAAAAGGAAGAGAGCCAGAGGUCAAAACGAGAGAGAAAAAUUUCAGAUUAAAGAAAAAUACAGCGAGAGAAAAAUCUACAGCAGGGAAAAAAGUGUUUCAAAGGCAGAGAUAAAAGUGUCAACAGAGAGAGAGGGAGGGAGAGAGAGGGAGAGAGAGGGAGAGAGAGGGAGAGAGAGAGAGUCGUCAAGUUUGAGAAGACGGGCGGUGAAUACAGAAUGGGCUCCCUGCAGAUCUGUGCCGCCGCCGUCCUCUCUUUCUCCCUGCUGAGCUGCUUCUGUGGCGUGUCCCCUGUCCUCGCCCAGGACCUUAGAGAGACGGAUGCCUUGUGUCACGAAGACGGCUGCUUUGUGGUCUACUUUCAACGCAAGACGUUUCUGGCCUCCUGGAGAGCCUGCAGGAAGAAAGGGGGCAACCUGGCCACCAUCAAACGCCGGGAGGAGGCCGACACCAUCGCGACACUCCUGGCCGACGCGGACCUGCGUCACUCGCGCACCAAGGUCAAUGUGUGGAUUGGGCUUCAACGCCAGCCUCGCCAGUGCACGGCUUCGCGGCCGCUCCGCGGUUACUCCUGGACUACCGGGGACCAGGAUACCCAGUAUACCAACUGGCUGAGGGAGGACUCUCCCAGUUUGUGCUCGGCCCCACGCUGUGUUGUUAUGGGCUACAGCACGUUCGCCCACGAACAGCACGACAACUUCAAAUGGCUGGAUGGUUCCUGCUCCGUCCCUGUGGACGGGUACCUGUGCCACUACGGCUACAAAGGAAUGUGUCCCGCCUUGUGGAGCGAAGGGGGCGGGAAUGCCCUCUACACCACACCCUUUGACCUUCUCAGUACCCUGCUCACCCACGUGCCCAUCGGAUCGGUCGCCACCUUGCCCUGCCCGGCGGGCGACAAGGAUGAGCAGGUGGUUCUGUGUCUGCUGAGGGAGGACGGUACAGCGGGCUGGUCCCAAGACCCCCCCUUCUGCAUCGACGCCGCCAUGUCGGAGAACUGGUGCGAGCAGAAUAACGGCGGGUGUCAGCACUUCUGUCGGGAGGCCGGCGCCCAGUACUACUGCGAGUGCUCCGACGGGUUUCAGCUGAGCGACGACAGGCACAGCUGCGUGGCCGACGUGUGCCGAGGGGCGCCCUGCGAGUUCGAGUGCCUGCCCCUCUCGGACACCUAUCGUUGCGCCUGCCCCGACGGCUACAUGCUGGCACCAGACGACGUCGGCUGCGUGGACGUGGACGAGUGCCUCCAGAGCCCGUGCGCGCAACUCUGCGUGAAUACGGUCGGGACCUUCAAGUGCCAGUGCCGGCAGGGUUAUCAUCUCGACGAGGUGGGCGAGUGUGAGGACGUGGACGAGUGCGGUUUCAACCUGUGCGAGCACGCCUGCGAGAACACGCUGGGCUCUCAUCUCUGCCACUGCCACCUGGGCUACUUUCCGGCGCCCGAGGACCCGAGCCGAUGCCAGGACAUCGACGAGUGCCAGAUCCCUGGAACCUGUGACCAGAUGUGCGUGAACUAUGAUAGCGGCUUUGAGUGCCACUGCGAGGUGGGCUACGAACUCAUGUCGGAUAACUACUCCUGUCAGAAGAUUGGGGAGGGUGACCAACUCGCCGUCACCCCUUUUCCUUGGGGGACUCACAAUCCGGAAACCGUGUGGGAUCCAGAGGACCCCGUCUACCAAUGGAACCCUCAGCAGAGCCACACUGACUGGCCUCUGGAGGAUGAAGACGCCCUGGACUGGCUGACCGACUCACCCAGCGUCAUGGCUCCAGAUGUUAUUUGGGUCACCGCAGCCCCUCAGGAGGAUCUGCUAGACAACCUAAAACCGCCUGAACCUGAGGAGAAGGAGGCAAAGGAGGAGGAGGAGGAAAAUGAGGAUGGGGCAGCGAGGGGAGACGUCAGGCCACAUGCAGACAUAUAUGAGUGGGAGGGUAAAGGUCUGUCAGGGUGGACAGAUGUACCAGUCUCCACCACAACCCAACCCGCUGCUAGCCCUACUCUGACACCAGACUAUGACUAUGACUAUGACAACCAGGAAGAGGAGACCACCACCGGUCUCUCCACCCUCCCCACCUCCACCAUCACAGAAGGGGCCUGGAACUGGCUCUGGUCGGGCAGCACCCCUGCCAGCCAGGAGACAGGAAAUGCAGCCACCGUGGAGCCGGGCAUAGACGGCUUUAUCACUCCCGAGUCCAGUCAUCACAAAGACGGCGAGGAGGAUAGUGACCACUACACCUCUCCGGGUUCCCCUCAGAUCCCAGUAGAGGUGGUGGGGGUGGGGGAAGGGGGCGAGGACUACCAGGAAACCGUAAAACCUGCAAAUCCGACUGUUCUUUCCCAGAGAACCUCUCCCACGUUACCCCCGAGCCCGAGCGGGGAGGGAGUUAACUGCGUGGACCUGACGGAGGGCGACGGAGAGCAGAAGCAGGGCAGCAGCUGGCUCCUGGUGGGCCUCCUGGUGCCCCUCUGCAUAGUCAUCGUGGUGAUGGUGGUGCUGGGCAUCGUGUACUGCACCCGCUGUGCUGUUCAGCCACGCAGCAAAAAUGCCACGGACUGCUACCACUGGAUCUCCGGGGCACACGACAAACAGGGUGCCCCCAACCCCCCCGCGGGGGUUAAGACCAACGUCUAAACAGGAUGGGGGAGGAAGUGACGUACCCAUAAGCAGACUCUGUGUCAGGAGAUAACGACGAGUGAGUGAUGAGCCAGGUGAGAGAGGACCUGGAGUUGUGGCUUACAUUUCCCAGAAGCACCCGAUGUCCCUUUGCAAUCGACCUCUCUAGGAACACUUUUGGAUGCCGCUGUGGAAUUUCAGCCGAACGCAACGAGGGAAUGCAGGCCCUCAGAAUCCAAAGAUCUUUUUUUUAUUAUUAUUUUGGAAGGGGGGGGGGCUGC